AUGGCUGAGCCACCAGCCAAAGAUGGUCUGGAGACUCCAAACAUUCUCAAAAAACUCAAAGCAGAGAGAAAGCAGCAUAGUUACAGAGAUCUGCUCUCGAAAUGGGGAAUACCUAUCAAUGAAUCCGAACCGGAUAUAGCAAAACAUCUUGUAUCCAAAAUCUUUGAAGGUAUGGCGAAGAACGUGUCACUGCAACAUACAGGGAAAGCUCAGGGUUCUUCUUUUGAACAAAACUACCUGAAUUCACAGAGGUGCGUCCAGGUCCAAGCGUUGGUCGACAUGUUGCUACCAAUUGCCAGUGGCUCCAUUGAAAAUGAUCCAUCCAUAUCUACGCCCCUGAAGGACAGAUACGAGUCACACCCAAUACCUUGGUGCUAUUGUUCCGACCCCUGGGAUCAUGGAACCCUGUUGAUGCGAAAUAGAUGGUACAAUCUCUACGAGGGGAUUCCAGACUUGGAGUAUAUGUUGAUGCUGGUGCAAGCGGACCAUUUCAGAGAAAUGCUAUGGUAUCUCGAGCCAAAGCAUUGGGAUUACAUGGUGGCCUCCCUUCGCCAGUAUAGUACCAGUAUCAAGGUCUUCGCUGAAGUCAUCCAUCUAGAUUUUAGAUGGCCAUUUACUACCCGAGCUAGGCAGCUUCCCAUGGAGCUGGCCUAUGGCUACUUUAAAGAAAAACGACUGAGUGACUACCAUCCCCAUACAAUAGUAGUCAAUGACUCCAAAGAAGAAAUCUAUGGUGUCGCUGGAUGGUUUAGGCAUACUGAGUUUUACAAAAUACUUCAUUCUUUGGCCUCGAUAGAUAGAGCUCUAUCCAACGAAGCGAAUAAAAAUCCUCCACCGUUUUGCAUGAUCAACUACAGUAUCGCGGAUGAAUGGGCAUGCAUUUCUUGCCUGAAACGGAAACACUUGUGUCUAUGUGAAUACUCAGGAGGAAAAGAUAAACUUUUCUUCCGUUCAUCAUUCUUACAACUGAUGGACUGCAACGACGGACGUGGGACUGGCGUACGGUCCCUCAUCAGAAUCAGCGAGGGUGUGAACCUGGGAACUUUGAGAGGGAAAUUACGAGAUCCGGACCCCAUCGGCUGUCCCUUAACCCUGAUAUCAGGGGAAAUGAGAGGUGUCAUCACAAAAGUCAACAAGCAUGAUUCUGGCAACUGGACUCGUUUCUUGAAUCACUCCUGUGACCCCAAUUCAAGUGUUAUUUUCGGUAUAUACCAGGGAAUUCCAACAGCAACAAUCGUCACAACAAAGUGCAUUCAGCCAAUGCAGGAGGUAACGAUAGACUAUGGGAAAAAAUACAUUGACACGGUAUUCUGGAUCUGCCUGUGUAAGAGCCCAACAUGCAGAUAUUCAAACGAUGAUGAUGAGGAUGAGGAAGAUGACGAGUCUCUUUUCUCAGUGACGAAAGGAAGUCCUAUCGAGUACCACUGCGGGAAGGAAGGGGUUUGA